AAAAUUAAGUAGAUGAAACAGUGGACUUUAGGACCCGGUGAUAUUCUGCGUCAUGACGUCAUCAGCUACAAGCAAACAUGGAGGACGGCGGAGUUCUGGUUGAGAGACCUCAGGAGGAUAUUCCGACCCUGCUAAAUUUAAGGCCUCAGACCGGCUUGUCUUUCUUGGCACCUGAAGAUCUGGCGGAUCUUUACAGCAGAUAUAAGAAGUUGCAGCAGGAGCUGGAGUUUCUGGAGGUGCAGGAGGAGUACAUUAAAGAUGAACAGAAGAAUCUGAAAAAGGAGUUUCUUCAUGCCCAAGAGGAGGUGAAGAGGAUACAGAGCAUCCCUCUGGUUAUUGGGCAGUUCCUGGAAGCAGUCGACCAGAAUACUGCUAUUGUGGGCUCAACCACAGGCUCCAAUUACUAUGUUCGGAUUUUGAGCACAAUUGACAGAGAGCUGCUGAAGCCUAAUGCUUCUGUUGCUCUGCACAAGCACAGCAAUGCUUUGGUGGACGUUCUGCCUCCCGAAGCUGACAGCAGCAUCAUGAUGCUCACUUCAGAUCAGAAGCCAGAUGUGAUGUACGCAGACAUCGGAGGAAUGGACAUCCAGAAACAAGAAGUGAGGGAGGCUGUGGAGCUGCCCCUCACACAUUUUGAGCUCUAUAAACAGAUUGGUAUUGACCCACCCAGAGGAGUGCUCAUGUAUGGCCCGCCUGGCUGUGGAAAGACUAUGCUGGCAAAAGCUGUGGCUCAUCAUACCACAGCGGCCUUUAUUCGUGUGGUGGGAUCUGAGUUUGUGCAGAAGUAUCUCGGAGAGGGUCCACGCAUGGUGCGAGAUGUCUUUCGACUGGCUAAAGAGAAUGCCCCGGCCAUUAUCUUUAUUGAUGAGAUUGAUGCGAUUGCUACCAAGCGUUUUGAUGCACAGACUGGAGCUGAUAGAGAAGUGCAAAGAAUCCUGCUUGAGCUGCUCAAUCAAAUGGAUGGAUUUGACCAGAAUGUGAACGUUAAGGUUAUCAUGGCCACCAACAGGGCUGACACACUGGAUCCAGCUUUGCUGCGCCCAGGUAGACUGGACCGUAAGAUUGAGUUUCCUCUUCCUGACCGGCGACAGAAACGCCUGGUGUUCUCCACCAUCACCAGCAAGAUGAACCUCUCGGAGGAGGUUGACCUGGAGGAUUAUGUUGCCAGGCCUGACAAGAUCUCUGGUGCAGAUAUCAACUCCAUUUGCCAGGAGGCUGGUAUGCUGGCUGUGCGUGAAAACCGUUACAUUGUACUGGCUAAGGACUUUGAGAAGGCUUACAAGACUGUUAUCAAGAAAGAUGAGCAGGAACACGAGUUCUACAAAUAGAAUACACCUCGACUAGAUAUCGGCAUUAGCUUUUACCCUGUUUGUUUCAGUCUUUAUUUGUACGUACAGUGUAAUAUUGAGGACAUAAAUCUUCAGGGUUUACGCUGCUUGUACUGGGACUUUGAGCUCACAGGAUUGUUUCAGAUUCACAUUAAAUCAAAAAUGGAUGCAAAAACAAACAUGUACAUCAGGUGAGCUUUUUAUGUAUUCUGUUUAUUGACUUCUCAAAGAACCAUUAAAAUGUUUUCCAUAAUGA